AUGGCUGUGGCCUGGGCCCCGCCAUGGCCACCUGUUCUGCGUGCCCCGCCAUGGCCACCUGUUCUGCCUGCUCCACCAUGCCAAGAGAGGAGAGGAGAGUGCGAGAAGAAGAGAAUCGGAGGAGAAAAAACGUGCAUCUCUCGUUCCAUCCGCUGGCAAUUUCCUCUGGGCUCUCGGCAGGUGCGCAAAUCACUCCAUCUCUUUCGCGCACAUCUCCUAGUUUGGCCGUUCUUCUGCUUUUCUCCCCUGAGUGGAGGUGAGUUUUGGGGGAGCGAGGGCAUUCGGAGCGACAGGAUGGUCAACAACCUGACUGAAUGCGAGGAGGCAGAGGGAGCCGCCAACAGCCAGGUGGUCGACGCCAUCUGUCCAUCCAAGAAAGGUGAGAGACGGGCUGCCGUUGUGCGUGACAUGCGUGUGUUCACGCAAAACACUGAGGAGAUGGACACAAUUCCCAUGGUAUCGUCUCUUCUCAGCAGUCUUGCCAACUACUCAAACCUGCCCCAGGGCAGCAAAGAACACGAGGAGGCGGAAAACAACGAGGGCUCGCGCAAGAAACCUGUCCAGGCUCCGCGGAUGGGAACGCUGAUGGGCGUCUACCUGCCCUGCCUGCAGAACAUCCUGGGUGUGAUUCUGUUUCUCAGGAUGACCUGGAUGGUGGGCAUCGGCGGCGUCAUCGAGGCCUUCAUCAUCGUGCUCAUGUGCUGCUCCACGACAAUGCUCACUGCCAUCUCCAUGAGUGCCAUUGCCACAAACGGCGUAGUGCCAGCUGGAGGCGCCUAUUACAUGAUCUCUCGCUCUCUGGGCCCUGAAUUCGGUGGCGCUGUAGGCAUCUGCUUCUACUUGGGCACCACCUUUGCUGGAGCCAUGUACAUCCUGGGCUGCAUCGAGAUCCUGCUGGUAUACAUCGUACCACAAGCGGCUGUUUUUAAGAUGGAGGGUCUGGAGGGAGCCGAGGCCGAGGCCGCCAUGCUGAACAACAUGCGUGUUUACGGCACGCUGGUGCUCAGCUUCAUGGCCAUUGUGGUGUUUGUAGGAGUGAAGUACGUGAACAAGCUGGCGCUGGUCUUCCUCGCCUGUGUCAUCUGCUCGAUCCUCGCCGUCUACGCUGGAGUGAUCAAAACCGCCUUCGAGCCGCCGGUCUUCCCAGUGUGUGUGCUGGGAAACCGGACUCUGGUUUGGAAAGGCUUCGAUGUGUGUGCGAAGGUCAUCGAGAGAGAAAACGCCACGGUCACCACCAAACUCUGGCGGCUCUUCUGCGACUCUGAGUUCCUGAACGCCACCUGCGACAGCUAUUUCACCAACAACAACAUCACGGAAAUACAGGGAAUCCCCGGAAUGAUGAGUGGUAUCCUGCGCGACAUGUCUAGUGUGCUUCUGUUUGGUUCCUGCAUCGAGGGAACGUUUGUCCUGACCGCAUGUAUCUGUGAGAGUGGGAUUCUCAUCGCUUCUCUGGAUAACGUCGCUCCGAUUCUCUCCAUGUUUUUCCUCAUGUGCUACAUGUUUGUGAAUCUGGCCUGUGCUGUUCAAACUCUGCUCAGAACGCCCAACUGGAGGCCGCGGUUCAAGUUCUACCACUGGACUCUAUCCUUCCUUGGCAUGAGCCUCUGUCUCUCGCUCAUGUUCAUCUGUUCUUGGUACUACGCCAUCGUUGCCAUGGGAAUCGCCGGCUGUAUCUACAAGUAUAUCGAGUUCCGAGGGGCGGAAAAGGAAUGGGGGGAUGGAAUAAGAGGUCUGUCUCUCAGCGCGGCCCGGUUCGCCCUUAUGAGGCUGGAAGAGGGACCACCACACACCAAGAACUGGAGGCCUCAGAUAUUAGUCCUGGUCAGCAUGGAUUCUGAGCUGAAUGUGGAGCAGCCGCGUUUGCUGUCUCUGACCAAUCAGCUGAAGGCUGGGAAGGGUCUGACCAUCGUGGGCACAGCGCUGGAGGGAACCUACCUGGAAAACCAUCCUCAAGGACAGCAGGCCGAACAGUCUCUGAGGAAGCUCAUGGAGGCGGAGAAGGUGAAGGGUUUCUGUCAGGUGGUCAUCUCUUCUAACAUGAGGGACGCCACGUCACAUUUGGUCCAGGCCGGAGGUUUAGGAGGUCUUCUGCACAACACCGUACUGGCCUGCUGGCCGCGCAACUGGAAACAGGCCGAGGAUCAUCAGAGCUGGAGAAACUUCAUUGAGCUGGUAAGAGAAACCACCGCUGCCAGUAAAGCCCUGCUGGUGCCCAAGAACAUUUCUGCCUUCCCGUCAAACGGAGAGCGCUUCACAGAGGGUCACAUUGAUGUGUGGUGGAUCGUACAUGAUGGAGGCAUGCUCAUGCUGCUACCGUUCCUCCUCCGCCAGCACAAGGUUUGGAGGAAGUGCAAGAUGCGCAUCUUCACUGUGGCCCAGAUGGACGAUAACAGCAUCCAGAUGAAGAAGGAUCUGACAACCUUCCUGUAUCACCUGCGCAUAGACGCUGCAGUGGAGGUGGUGGAGAUGCAUGACAGCGAUAUCUCAGCGUACACGUAUGAGAAGACCCUGAUGAUGGAGCAGAGAUCUCAGAUCCUGAAGCAGAUCAACCUCACCAAGACUGAGCGUGAGCGUGAGGUACAACAUUCACCGUCAGCCUCNCGCGGGUCGAUCCGCCGUAAGAACCCAGCCGCCGUCACGACCCAGCUGAGUGUAACUGAGGAACCAGCGGCCAGCAGCAAAGAGGAGAAACCAGAAGAGGAGGAACAGCUUAUUCAUGACCAGAGUACCAACCCGCCGACCCCGGCCACACCGCAGUCCCCCAGCGCAGAGGCCGAGACCCCCGGCACGGCUGUUCAGAUGACAUGGACCGAAGCGAAGUGUGAUGGAGAGCAGGCCAAACCUAUAGGAGCCACGACACCAGAGGCCAUCAAAGACCUCUUCAACAUGAAACCAGAGUGGGAAAAUCUAAACCAGUCCAACUUGAGGCGCAUGCACACUGCACUCAGACUCAAUGAAGUCAUCAUAAAGAAAUCCCAGGAGGCCAGACUAGUCCUGCUCAACAUGCCCGGACCGCCCAAAAACAGAACCGGCGACGAGAACUACAUGGAAUUCAUGGAGGUUUUAACCGAAGGUCUCAACCGGGUCCUCCUCGUGCGUGGUGGAGGUCGCGAGGUCAUCACCAUCUACUCUUAAGAAACUAGUCGACUUCAUCCCAUCCCAUUUGCCCUCCUUCCCCAGUGUGGCCCAAGCAAUAUCCCAGAAUUCCCUUCCAUCAACCAGCUUAAUUCGUCCAACAGAAAAUCCCGUUCUACUGGUCUGCCAAGCUCUCACUGGCCAAACAUCGCUCUUGGCGUUACUCUCGUUCAUGAUGGACGUGAUCCACACUUCACUGUUCAGUGAAGUGCACUGUUGAUGUCAGUGGGUAUUUGUUCAAUGCCCCGUCUGCUGUAGCUUUCCUACAUCAUCUGUCAAUCACCGCUCUCACCCAAUCGAAGAAGCGGGUGGGUUGGGAUUGAUUAGUUUUUAUUUAUUUGUUUUGAGGAAGAGGAUCCAGAGAAGAAUGUGCAACGUCAAGGAUACGCCAGUGAACUACUUCUGCUCUGGUAAAGACUGACAACCUUGGGAAAAGAUUUUCAUGGUUUGAGCUCGAUCCCUUCGGUCUGCGGAUUGGUCAAAUGUGAAUUAAUAAUGAGUUAAUACUAUAAUGUGAAU